UUCUUCUUCUUCUUCUUUCUUACAUGCCUUCCCAACUUCUCCUCCUCCAUUUUCCAACAACACCCAUGAAGUUUCCCACCCACUCCCAAGAAAAACGUGCACUUUCCCUAGAAAAUCAACCUUGGCUCUCCCUUAAGUAUGGAACGAUAUCAUGGAUAGAGAGAAUGUGAGCUUCUUCCAAAAUAUCUACUCUCUCCCUCUCUUUAUUUCUUUCUCUCAUCUUGCCUCCUAAGCGUAAGUAAUUAGGAUGGCUAGGGGAGAUUUGUUGAUUAGGCUAUUUGUUAGCCUUUGCUUAAUAUUUGGUCAUGGAGAAAGCUCGUACUCAGGUGUUGGUAAUUAUGCUGAUCGGAUGUUGCAAAUGGCUUCUAUAAAAACGUCGUUUCUUAAACGUGAUGUCAUCUCUCCUUCUCGUAGUCAUACCAUUCAACCGAUUUCAUCAAGUUCACGUGAGCAUCACGCGACUGACUAUGGUGCGGACCCCACUGGAAGAUCAGACAGCACAGAAGCCCUCCAGCAAGCCAUCUAUGAAGCCUUUGGAUCCCCCAUUGAUGGCCACUUGAUGCAAGGCAUUCCUAAUCUGGGAGGCGUGGAGCUUCAUCUGGAUGGAGGAACUUACAUGAUCAGCCGUCCAUUGCGCUUACCGGACAUCAGCGGUGGUAACUUUAUGAUUCACGGCGGAUCACUCCGAGCCUCUAGUGAUUUCCUAACUGACCGUCAUUUGAUCGAACUCUGGUCAUCAUCCAAAUCCUUAUCGUACGAGUACAUCACACUCAAAGACCUCAUGUUGGACUCAAAUUUUAGGGGAGGUGGCAUUGCGAUAGUCAAUUCAGUAAGAACAACCGUAGAUAAUUGCUACAUUUCGCAUUUUACGACCAAUGGCAUACUCAUCCAAGGUGGCCAUGAAACCUACGUUAGAAGCUCCUUCAUUGGCCAGCAUAUCACCGUCGGCGGUGACCCUCGAGAGAAGGACUUCUCAGGCAUCGGAAUCAACAUCGUCGGUAAUGACAAUGCUGUUACCGACGUCGUCGUUUUCUCGGCAGCCAUUGGAGUACUGAUACAAGGUCAAGCCAAUGUGCUCACCGGAGUUCAUUGCUACAAUAAGGCCACUAGUUUGGGCGGUGUCGGAAUUUAUCUCAAGUCCCCUGGCUUCACUCAAAACCGAAUCCUCAACUGUUACUUAGACUUCACCGGAGUAGCCAUGGAUGACCCCGUCCAAGUACAAAUCAGCAACUCAUUUUUUCUAGGGAACGCCUAUAUAUUAAUAAGGUCCUUGAAGGGUAUCGUCGAAGGUGUAAGCAUCGUUCAUAAUAUGUUUUCCGGUGAUUAUACGGGGGUCCCGAUAGUCCAGUUGGACCAAUCAAAUGAACCUUUCACCUUGAUCGAUCAAGUCAUUGUUGAUCACAACAACGUACGGGGUAUGAGGCUUAGAUCAACGGUGGCUAGGGGUUCCAUCUGGGGGAAUGGGACAACAUGGACCGCUGAUUUCUCCAAGGUCCUCUUGUUCCCUAACCUAAUUAAGAAUGUACAGUACACAUUACAAGCCGGGAAAUUAUUUCCUAAACAUGUGUUAAGGAGUUUAUCAGGUAAUGCUGUGACAGUGGAAUCCGAUGUUCCUGUAUCAGCAACCCUACACGUGGUGGUGGAUCAAAGCAGGGAUGGGUACAUAUGAUCUGAUCGGAUGGCUGCGGUUGGCUCAUGGAGCAGACAAAGGAGGACUUGGGAUUUUGAAAUUCUCGGUCCAAUAUGGUGUGAAUUUUUUGUCAUUUUCUUAAUUCUUCAAUGUUGUAUAACAGUUGUCCAAAGAUGAAAUGUUAGUCUUGAUUAGAA